UGCAGUUUGAACGUCGCAAUGUUCUUCGAAAGCUUUCUCCUGAACUUGGCUAUUUUGGCAGCUCUGAUAGUCGCAUUAAUAUUCGACUAUGUAACUAAGUUCUUUAGCUACUGGUACAUCCGUCAUAUACCGUACAAACUACCGAUUCCUUUCUUCGGAAGUGAUUAUCAUCGGGUAUUGAAUCUAAGAUCGACGUCUGAUGAAGUAAUGAACCUUUACACUAAGUAUCCUGAGGCGAAUUUUGUAGGAGUAAUCAAGAGUCGAAUACCUGAAUUGAUUGUGAAAGACCCGGAUGUCAUCAAGAAAAUGUUGUCAACGGAUUUCGCGAAUUUCCAUUGCAGAGGCAUCGGUCUUGACAAAUCUCGGGAUGUUUGUUUAAGAAACAAUCUAUUCUACGCUGAAGGUGAAAAGUGGACCUUACUCCGUGAGGGAUUGGAAUCUUUAUUGAACGGAAUGCAUCGUGAACCUGAUGUCAGUUUACACGUCUGUUUAUCAGGAACCAAUGAAGUUGUGAAUGUUCGAGAGCUGUUGUCAGAAAUAUUGGACGCCGUGUUUAAGGAUUGUCUGUUUGAGGGAAAGGACGACGGUUUCCUAUUAAAUAACUUAAGACAGUCUAUACAGCAUCGCACCUUUCCGGAGAAACUCAAGAGUUAUUUGAAAGAAAUAUUUCCUUCGGUGUAUACUUUAUUAGGAUUGACCACCAUUUCAGGGUUUCCAAGUGCGAAAGCCAAUAAAGUCUUGAAAGAAUCAAACAUAGUGUUGCAGAUUCAAAAAAUAGGCCUUGUAGAUAAAAUGAACACGAAAAACAAGAAGGGUACUAAAUUAGAAAAUGUGACUGAAUUGGAAUUGGCAUUUUCAAUGGUUAGUCUUUUCGUAACUGAAGGAUACAUACCAUGUCUAAAUGUUAUUACUUCCUUGUUGUUUGAAUUAGCAAAGAACUCGGAAAUCCAAGAAAAAAUCAGAGUAAACAAUUCUGUUAAUGUUGAUUAUUUAGAUGCGUGUAUUAAAGAAGUUUUACGUUUGUACUCUCCAUAUUCUGUUAUAACCAGAAAGUGUGUCAAAGCAUAUGAAAUGCCAGAGAGUAAAAUGAUCUUGGAUAAGAAAAUCACUGUAACGGUUCCCGUCGAAGAAAUCCAUAAAGACUUGAAGCACUAUAAGAGCCCUUGUGCUUUUAACCCGGACCGGUUCUUGGAAAGUGAAAAUGAAAUGAGGCAUACGUUCGCGUACUUACCUUUUGGUGCUGGACCUCGCAAAUGUAUCGGUGAACAAUUCGCUAUGCAGACAAUACGAAAAGUAGCUAGAGCUAUACUUGAAAAAUACAUAAUAGAGACAACAGAAAAAACACCUUCACAGCUGUCGUUCGUAGAUCAUAACUUUAUGAAAAUCAUUAAAGACGAUAUUUGGCUUAAAUUCACACCUUUAGAACAUUAGUUUGUGUUAUUUUAUGAAUGUAUUACUUACUAUGAUAAACGUGUUGCUAUACUACGAACUAGCUAUUGCUCGAGACUUGGUCUGCAAGAAAUAAAAAUAUAUAGCCUAUAUUACUCAUAGAUAAAUU